CGCGAGGCGCGCGCACGGCGGCGCGAGAGGUCGUCCACGGCGACGCGCGCGCGGACGCGGGAGCGCGGGGGCAUCGCGCGGGCGACGGACGCGGGAACUUCGAUACCCCCGGCGCCGCGAGGAACGGCGUCGGCGUCAGAUCCGAGGCGCGCGCGCGGUCGCGUCGUAAUAUAUUAGGGCACCUCGCGACGCCGCGCGUCGUCGUCGUUCGUCGGCGGGCGCGAUGAUCUCGCAGCUGUUCAUCCUGAGCCCGCGCGGGGACGUGAUCAUCAAGAAAGAGUACCGCCACGACGUCCCGAAGACGUCCCCGGAGACGUUCUUCCGCGCGGUGCGGUUCUGGAAAGAUGCAGAGCGCGCGCCCGCGGUGUUCGCGGAGGACGGCGUGCACUACCUCCACGUGAAAGCCAACGGGCUCUUCCUCGCGACGACGACGCGGAAGAACGUCUCCCCGUCGCACGUUCUCGAGCUCCUCCACCGCGUCGCGAAGGUCAUCAAAGACUACUGCGGCGUCAUGAACGAGGACGCGCUGAGGAAGAACUCCGUGCUCGCGUACGAACUCCUGGAUGAGAUGAUCGAUCGCGGGUACGCGCAGUCGACGUCCACCGAAGCGCUGAAGCGACACGUGUUCAACGAGCCCUCCACGCCUGCUUCGUCGGCCACCACGGGCGCGGGCGCGGCGGCGGCGAGGGCGUCAGCGGCGGUCAAGAGAGCCUCCACGCCGUACGGCGUCUUCAAGGGCGUCGUAAAGGCUGGGAUCGAGUACGGAAAGGAGGCGGCGGCGGCGAAGGCGGCGCCGACGCACACGCCCGGGGGCACGGCGAGACGCGACGCGACGCAGCGGAGCGUCCUCGCGACCGCGCGGGAUAAGGCGAGAGGCGGGAGCCGGAACGAGAUCUUCGUCGACGUCGUCGAGAAGAUCUCCGUGUGCUUCGCCGCGAGCGGGGCGACGCUCACGUCGGAGGUGGACGGCUGCGUGCAGAUUCGAAACUUCCUCCACGGAUCGCCCGAGAUCAAGCUGGCGCUACCUGAGGACCUCGCGAUCGGCGGACGAGACUUCGCGACCGCGGUGGGCGGCGACUACGGGUUCGGCUCCGGCGGCGCGUCCGGGAUGGCGACGCUGUUGGACGACUGCAACUUCCACGAGUCCGCGGACCUGAGUAACUUCGACGUCGACCGAACGAUCGCUCUGACGCCGCCGGAGGGGGAGUUUUCGCUCAUGAAUUACCGCGCAUCGUGCGAUUUCGAUCCGCCGUUUAAAGUCCGCGUGACGGUGGACGAGACCACGCCGUAUAAGAUUACCGCGGUGAUCACGAUAAAGGCGACGUACCCGUCGAAGUGCGCGUGCACCGGGAUGGUGGUGAAGUUUCCCACGCCGCAGCGCGCGAUCAACGCGAACCCGACGUUGGAGCCCGGCGCGACGCCCGGGACGCAGCACGCCGCGUUUUCGUCGCAGGACAAGGCGGUGACGUGGCAGUUUAAAAAGUUCACCGGCGGCGCGGAGCACACGCUGCGGGUGAACGUGUCGAUACCCGAGGAGCGGCUGCCGAACGCGCGGAAGGAGCUCGGGCCGGUGUCGAUGCACUUCACGAUACCGAUGUUCAACGUGUCUAGGGUGGGCGUGCGGUACCUGCAGAUCGGGGGAGGGAGCUCCGGCGGCGGCGCCGGCGCGGGCGCGCAAGGGAAAGGGAAAGGGCCGCACCGGUGGGUGCGGUACGUCACGAAGUCGUCCUCGUACGUGUGUCGCGUGUGA